AUAGCAAUGAUAAUCGCACGCUGUUGCGAAUGGGUGUGAACGCGCUCGUUUUGAAUCGCGCUGCUUGGCAGUUAUGUAAAACGAGUGAAUUGUUAAUUAAAACAUAUUUCAAAAGGUCGAAGGCCAGCUAGUUUUAUAUUUAUUUUCGAAAUAGAUCCUCCCCCGCUUGCUUUGCCAUCGAAUUUGCUUUUUAAUUGCCCAACUUUCGUAUUCGAAAAUAAUAAGCAAUGAAUUUGCAAUUCACCAUAAGGCGCAUCAGCUGUUGCCUAUCGAUAGUCCCGUGCGAUAGUAAACCGACACAAUAGUGAACAAAGUAAAGUGGCAAGAAGAAGUGCACCGGCGGAAGUAACAACAUGAAUUCUCUGGCCAGGAUCGGGGGUUUUGUGUGCCAGUCCGUGCAAAUAGCCGGCUGCGGGCUGCAGCAGGUGCGCACCAAGUACGCCGAUUGGAAGAUGAUUCGCGAUGUGAAGCGGCGCAAGUGCGUCAAGGAGAACGCCGUGGAGCGGCUGCGGAUCAACUCGCUGCGCAAGAACGACAUCCUGCCGCCGGAACUGCGUGAGGUGGCCGACGCCGAAAUCGCUGCCUUUCCUCGGGACUCAUCGCUCGUCCGGGUGAGGGAACGCUGUGCGCUUACGUCACGGCCGCGCGGAGUCGUCCACAAGUACAGGCUCAGUCGAAUCGUGUGGCGCCACCUCGCCGACUACAACAAGCUGUCCGGCGUGCAGCGCGCCAUGUGGUAGCGCCUCCUUCUGUUAGCAAUCUAGGGAAAUAAACCUUGUUAGUAGUCAUCCA